GGAAGAGCAGCUCUGGAGGGGGGAGGGGCUCAAACCCGUUUCAAUCCGGAGCGAGGGAAGGUGUCGCUGCCGCGCGCGCCUGGGCUGCAAGCCGAGCUCGCUAAGCGAGAGCUUUCGGAAGCCAGCCAUGAGCUCGCCCCCCACGCGGUACUUAGUUUUCUUUCAGUACUGGGGGACCAAAUAUAGUGGCGUCAUGAAGACGUUGUCUGACCAGCCUGUACUCGGAGUCCAGAAUCACUUGGAGCAGGCGGCACAGCGUCUCAGACCUGUUGCUCCCGUCAAGUUCUUCAUCUCCAGCCGCACGGACACCGGCGUCCACGCCCUCUGCAACGCCGCUCACUUCGACAUCCAGCGUGCAGCCGGGAAGCCGCCUUUUCCUGAGAGUGUUCUUGUCUCCGCCCUCAAUUACCACUUGAAGACCGAGCCAAUCUGCAUUCUGAGUGCCUAUCGGGUGUCCGGUAACUUCCACGCACGCUUCUCUGCGCUGUCAAGAACCUACAUUUACCGGCUGGUGACUGGCUGUUCUCAUCAUUCAGAGAUACCAGUGUUUGAAAGGGAUCUGUGCUGGGCUCUCUCAGAAGACCAUCUGAACGUGCCAGCCAUGCAGGAAGCAGCGAGCUUGCUGCUAGGGACCCAUGACUUCAGCACUUUCCGUUCGGUCAGCACGGACAUGCCUUUCAAAUCGCCCCUUAAAACCCUGGACCGGGCAGAAAUCAGACCCUCUUCUGGCUUCAUGUCACACCACUAUGAAUACAGGGGACUGCAGUUCUGGGAGCUAGAAUUCAAGAGCAGAUCUUUCCUCUACAGGCAGGUACGCAGGAUGGUAGGGGCUCUGGUAGCAGUUGGCCGAGGCAGGCUCGCCCCAUACCACAUAAAGGAACUAUUAGAGAUUAGAGACCCAUUGGCUUAUCCACUAAGCACCAUGGCUCCGGCAGCUGGACUCUUCCUAAAAUCUGUGGAGUAUGCCGAAGCUGAUGUGGAGACGGAAGAUAACGCAGCAAAAUAGCGGCUCUGUGAGACGUGCAGCCAUGGCUGAAAGAACUUGGGAGGGGAGGGGUCUGCAGUGGAAAUUUCCAGAACUCUC